AUGUCCUCUAACCAAAAUUCACCCUUUUUUGGCGCAAGGGAACUAAAAGUGGUAUUAAUUGGAGAUGCUUCAGUUGGUAAGACAUCUCUUUUAACAAGAUAUAUAACAGGUUCUCACACAAGCAACAUAUCACCCACACUCGGUGCUGCUUUUACAACAAAAUUAGUAGAGUCGGAUGGAGAAAAUGUUAAACUACAGAUUUGGGAUACUUCUGGCGAGGAAAGAUACAGAUCAAUGGCACCAUUAUACUAUCGUGGUGCCGCUGUAGUUGUUCUAGUAUAUGAUUUGACAAUAGAAAGUACGUAUAGUAGCAUUGAUCACUGGCUGGAAGCAUUACGCCAGCAUGUUAACAUGCAAACUACAUUAAUCUUAUUAGUUGGUAACAAAUUAGAUCUUUUGAAUACAAAUAAGAGGGUUGUUUCACAGGAAGAUGCCAAAAGGCACGCAUAA